AUGGCGUGGUGUUCCAACAGCUCGCCCGUCUUGGUGGAGCGCUCUAUCGGCCGAUUCCAAGGGGAAUCCGGUGGCCCCACCUCGUAUGAAGCCAGCUGGAGGGAAGUGGGCCCCCCGGGGAGUAAGGGCCUGAAGCCCCUGAUAGUACUGGAUGGGCCUGGCCUCCCCGGGAGGAGUCAGGUGGUGGGGUUCGACAUGGACAGUACCAUCAUCACCACCAAGAGUGGGCGCACCUUUCCUACAGGCCCCUCAGACUGGAAGUUCCUCUACAACCAGGAGUCAACUUUGACCUGCAGAAACGUCCCUGAUAGGCUGAGGGAGCUGCACAAGGCAGGGUCAAAGGUCGUGAUCUUCACCAAUCAGGGCGGGAUAGAGAAGGGGAAGCAGGAUGUGAAGGGACUGCUGCAGAAGAUAGAGGACAUCAUCUGUGCACUCUGCAUACCUGUACAGGUGUUCAUCUCCACAGGUGAGAGUGAGUACCGUAAGCCGAGCACAGGAAUGUGGGACUACAUGGAGCGGGAAGCGAACCAGGGAGUGGUGGUGGAUCGCAACUCUUGCACAUAUGUGGGGGAUGCAGCAGGGAGGGCAAAAGACUGGGCUCCGGGUAAACCCAAGGACUUCAACUGCUCCGAUCGCAAGUUUGCUGCCAACCUGGGAGUGAAGUUCUUCACACCUGAGGAGUUCUUCCUGGGAGAGGCACCUGCUCCGUUCGAGUGGAGAACCUUCGACCCAAAACACUUCCUGUCCAACCACCCUGCCGGCAAGGGCACAACGGAAUACCAUUCCAAGAAACAGGAGAUGGUUGUCAUGGUGGCCCUGCCCGCGGGAGGCAAGAGCACCUUCUGCAAGUGCCAUCUAGUGGCUCACGGCUACACUGCAAUCAACAGGGACACCCUCAAGACACAGGCCAAGUGUCAGCAGGUCAGCAAAGAUGCUCUGAAGAGUGGCAAGAGCGUUGUGAUUGACAACACCAACAGCAGCAAGGCUGCCAGGGCAGAGUACAUCACUAUAGCCAAGAAAGCAGGUGUUCCUGUCAGGUGUUUUCACCUGGUGACCCCAUUUGACCUUGCCCACCACCUGAACUACUUCCGCCAGACACAAACCAAGGGGACAGUUCGCCGGAUCCCAGACGUUGCCUACAACGUCUUCAAGAAAAACUUUGAGGAGCCGACGACAGCGGAAGGGUUCACUGAAGUCAAGACAAUCGAAUUUCAGGCUCAUUUUGAUAGGAAGGCAGAUGAGGACCUGUUUAAAUGCUGGACAUAACAAAACUACAUUUAAAAAGUGUAGUCAAACUGACCAAGAAGACACUCAGGGGCCAAUAAAAUCUUGUCUAUGUGGGCAGGUACAUGUGGUCACUACAUUGUAUAGACAGCAUUCUUAAUGUUUAUGUCAAUGGGAAAAAUUAUGUAUGGGACCAGCAAAAAGUGGUUACAUUGGGCAGGUGGUCCUUAUGUACAGGUGAUCCCAUGCACAGGUUUGACUGUAUAAAACUCAUGGCUUUGCUUUUUACUCUUUUGUUAAUACUCAGAGUUGG